GUGAAAAGGCUAGCUUAAAAAUAAAAAAGCAGAAAGAGGGUAUAAAAAGAAGGAUGCCUCCAAUAAUGGUCUAACAAGGUCUGCCAUUAACAAUAACCCUUUUCUCAGGAAACUCAAGUCUCUGGUGAUAAAUAAGAAUCACAACAAGACAGGAUGCAUAUGGACCCAGCUGCUGAGCUGAAGGGAUAUGGGAGGCAAACAAUCUGUGCUCCAUUGUCUUAGCAUGUCCUUUGCAAGACUUAUUUGUGCAAUUUGAGCUUGGAAGGGGAAGAUCACAAAGUUCACAGCUCCUUUGCUCCGCAAAGAUGGAGAUUCUCCUCCGCGUUUUUUGGCAAUGGGUGCUUUUGGGACUGAUGGUCCAGCCCAGCAAAGUGGGGGAAGUCCUGUGUCCUGGCACUGCUUGCUACACACUCCACUUUGGGAGGCACAGCUGGAUGGAGGCUCAGCGAAAGUGCGAAGACAAUGGGGGCAACCUGAUGACUGUGAAGAGCCAAGAGGAGGCAUCGCUGGCCUGGCAACUGCUGGAGAAGAUGCCCAAGGAGGGGGCUGGCACAGGCAUGAAGGUAAGACUGUGGAUCGGGCUCCAUCGGGAGAUGGGCAAAUGCUACCAGCAGCAUCAGCCACUGAAGGGCUUCAGCUGGGUGAAAGGAGGCGAGGACACCAAGUACUCUAAUUGGGAACGGGAGCCCCUUGGAACAUGCACAACCAAGAGGUGUGUGACCCUUCAGAGGGCUCCUUCCUCACUUCAGGAACUGGCCUGGGUAGACAGCCACUGCAGUAGUUCAGCUGUUGGGCUGUCUGGCUACUUGUGCAAGUUCAGCUUCCAGGGCAUGUGCCGCCCGCUUGUUUUGGCGGGGCCAGGUGUUGCCAGAUACACCACCCCUUUUGGCAUAGCCACUGCUUCCCUUGUUGCUGUGCCCCUUGGCUCCACCGCUGAAGUGGCAUGUGGUCCUCAGGGGGAGGAGGUGCCAAAUGACUUCCUCAUGUGCAAGCCACAGUCUAACAGCAACGCCUCGGAAUGGAGCAGCCCCGGCCCAUUCUGUGCUUCUCCCACUUUGGGUUGCAGCUACAGCAACGGGGGCUGCGAACACGAGUGCCUGGACUUGGGCAGGGGCUUGUUCCAGUGUGUUUGCCACGCCGGAUACCAGCUUGCAGCAGACCGCCUUUCCUGCGUCCUCGUGGACUAUUGCAGCUCCAGCCCGUGCCAAGGGCACUGCAUGCCAAGGCCUGGCAGCUUCAAAUGCCUCUGCCCUCAGGGUUACAUGUUGGCUGAUGAUGGGCUGCACUGUGUGGAUGUGAACGAAUGCAGUGCUUCCCAAAGCCCAUGUGGACAGAUCUGUGUUAACACAAUGGGCAGCUUCACCUGCCUUUGUGAACCAGGCUACAAGCCUGCCGGUCCUGAUGGCCAGGCAUGCCAGGACAUCGAUGAGUGUGCCAGGGGCAUGCCAUGUGACCAGCUUUGUGUAAAUACACAAGGCUCGUUCCUCUGCUCCUGCUACCCAGGCUACCAGCUGGAGGGUAUCAAUAGCUCUUCUUGCCUCGAUGUGGAUGAGUGCCUGGAAGAGCCUUGUGAACAUAUGUGCAUCAACCACCUGGGCAGCUAUCAGUGCUCUUGCAGAUCAGGCUGGACUUUGGCAGACAAUGAGAUCUCUUGUGUCCCAGAUGUCAUAGGCAGCGCCUCCUUCCUACCCACCCAUGGAGAGAAAGAACUGAGAAGGCCAGCUAACCUCCAUCCGUCUUCAGAGACACCAACCUUGCUGCCUCACUCUUCAAUUCAAGCUAAACUAGAAGGACCUCAGGAUUUUACCACCCACCCAAGUGUGCUGAGCACACCACUAAGUACUGAAAAUCAGGCUGGAGACAUGAGAGACCGUGACAGUGGCAGCUCCAAGCAGCUCCUAUAUUAUAUCUUGGGUGGCAUCGCUGUUUUGCUACUGUUGGCGCUUGCCCUGUCCUUGCUGACCUACAGGAAAAUGAAGGCCAAGAAAACCAAUAAGAAAUCGACGAGUGCUGCUGAUAAUUACUCUUGGGUGCCAGAUCAGGGGGAGACCAGGGCAUGACACAAUGGUUACAUGUUGUCAAUGCUGUGUUUCUGUUGUGGCCGUCAUGUUGAGAUGGAGGCAGGGAGGAAAGAGAAGAUCUCUCUCUCUUUCUCUCUCCCUCUCUCUCUCUGUGUAUAAAAUGAUGCAAGAACAAAAAUGCAUAUAUCGGGGAAAUGUACAAAUCGCAACAGCAACAUUCUUACUGGGCCAUCUGAAACUCUAAGGGUUCAGGCAGAAGUAGGAUUUUAAGAGCAACCACGGCAGGCUCUGCAUUUGUAGAAUAAUUCUAGCCAAGCAUCUCACUUUAGAGAGGUACACAGCAGCAAGCCGAAUGCUGGAUCAACCUUACCUCACCAGCUUCUGGUAUCUUCAUUAUUAUUAUUUUUUAAAGAGCAACACAUAGAAUCGUAGAGAUAGAAGGGACCCUCCUGUACAUUUCUGUAUAUGUAUAUGCCCAUCUAUCACUUCCCCUGCUUCCAAAUCAAAACAUUUGGAGAACAAUGGUUGCAAAAUUACUCCAGGGAUUGGGGGAAGGAGACCUGUGGGUGAUGUGAUAGAGCAGAAUCACCCUGAAAGCUUGCAGAGACAGAUCGGCAGACGAUCCUCAAACUGUCUCCACAACUCUUAAACCAUUGCUUCUAUUUCACCCUAAGUUAACAAACUUGUGCCCCAUCCUUAGGAUACCCUAUAAGGCUUGAGUUUGACUAGAAUUAGAUGAAUUCAAAUCCUAUAACUAUAGUUUAAGCAGCCUGUGAAAUUAGCUGUGUUUGAAUAAGUUGAAAUCCAAGCAGGACCACAAGAAGCGACUGCACUGCAGUCUAGGCCGUUCUGCAUUCCAGCCAAAGCAUUUAGGAUAGGCUGAAAUAUUCCUUGGAGGUGACUGGGAAUCCCACUGUAGGUGUAGAAUCUGUAGAAGCCUGGGGUCUUCUUCCAUAUCAGUGCUAGGAUGUUCUUGGGGACCUCUCUGGGCUGCUUCAGGGAUCAUGUUGUCAUAAUAAGGACCAUGAUUGGGUGCAAAGAGGGAAGUAGUUCUGGGGAAUACCAACAGAAGCUUGAAACCUAGUCACUGUGAGAUUAAUUGUAGUAAUUGUUCAGUGCUGAGUAAACUUUGUUUUUGUUCA